AUGAUGCAACACCGCAUGCUCUCAAAAGAAGACGAAGUCGCCGCCGGCGGCGAAGAAAACGAAGUCCGGCGCGAGGACCAGGAGAAGAUCAACCGCUUUAGUCGUCUUCAUCAGCGGGAGACUGUGCUUGAAGCGCUGCUUAAGGGGAAGCAGAAAGACAAAGAAGACCUCGAAGAAGUAACCACUGAACUUGAGCUCGCGGAUGAAGAUGAACUUGUCCCGUACAAAAUCGGCGACACAUUCUUCCAACUCCCCCUCUCGGAAGCCCAGCAGCUCCUUGCCACCUCGACGGAGGAUGUUGAGGGCGAGGUGACGAAGCUGGAGGAUUCGUUGGGGGAGUUGAGGGAGGAGUUGCAGGAGUUGAAGGUGGCGCUGUAUGCGAGGUUUGGGAGGGGGAUUAAUUUGGAGGCUUAG